AUGAGAGCAAAUUGUUCCAGCAGCUCAGCCUGCCCUGCCAACAGCUCGGAAGAGGAGUUGCCAGUGGGGCUGGAGGCCCAUGGGAACCUGGAACUUGUUUUCACAGUGGUGUCAGCCGUGAUGAUGGGCCUGCUCAUGUUCUCCUUGGGAUGUUCUGUGGAGAUCCGGAAGCUGUGGCUGCACAUCAGGAGACCCUGGGGCAUUGCCGUGGGGCUGCUCUGCCAGUUUGGGCUCAUGCCUCUUAUAGCCUAUCUCCUGGUCAUCUGCUUCUCUCUGAAGCCAGUUCAAGCUAUUGCUGUUCUCAUCAUGGGGUGCUGCCCCGGGGGAACCAUCUCCAACAUUUUUACCUUCUGGGUUGACGGAGAUAUGGAUCUCAGCAUCAGUAUGACCACCUGUUCCACAGUGGCUGCCCUGGGGAUGAUGCCACUCUGCCUUUAUCUCUACACCUUGUCCUGGAAUCUGGAGCAGAAUCUCACCAUUCCAUAUCAGAACAUAGGAAUUACUCUUGUGUGCCUGACCAUUCCUGUGGCCUUCGGUGUCUGCGUGAAUUACAGGUGGCCAAAACAAUCCAAAAUCAUCCUCAAGAUUGGGGCCAUUGUUGGUGGGGUCCUCAUUGUGGUGGUCGCAGUUGCUGGUGUGGUGCUGGCGAAAGGAUCUUCGAAUUUAGACACCACUCUUCUGACCAUCAGUUUCAUCUUUCCUUUGAUUGGCCAUGUCACGGGCUUUCUGCUGGCGCUUCUUACCCACCAAUCUUGGCAGAGGUGCAGGACGAUUUCUUUAGAAACUGGAGCUCAGAAUAUUCAGAUGUGCGUCACCAUGCUCCAGUUAUCUUUUACUGCCAGGGAAUUGGUCCAGAUGCUUAGCUUCCCAUUGGCCUACGGGCUCUUCCAGCUGUUGGAUGGGUUUCUCAUUAUUGCAGCAUAUAAGAUGUACAAGAGGAGAAUGAAGAGCAAACACAGAAAGAAGAAGCCAGGUUGUGCAGAAGCCUGCCAUAAGAAGAAGUCUACUUCUCCCAAAGAGACCAGCGCUUUCUUGGAGGUGAAUGAAGAAGCCGCUGUAACUCCUGGGCCGUCAGGCCCGGUGGAGCUCCACAUGGCCUGCGAGCCAACCAGCCACAUGUCUUCAUGUGCAUAG